GCCGACAGUUUUAAACAGCUGUGUGGCAUGUUUAAAUAUUUUAAUCUUUUUAACAUUAUUAGUGGUUAAUGAUUAGAGAAAAUCAUGGAACUUCAGUCCAGUCUUGCUACUUCAAGUAAUUUAGAGGAUAUAAAAGAGGUUGUAUGUUUACCGGGACAAAGAAUAUGUCUUUCCGAGGAGACCAUAGUUGCAGGUCAAGGCACAUAUGAACGGGGCGGUUACAUUUAUGCUACAUUGGCUGGUACCGUGCGGGUUAAAGAAAAGGACAAGUGUAAAUAUAUCGAAGUAAAAUGUGCUGGCAGUCAGACUAUUGUACCUGUAGCAGGCGAUGUAAUAACGGCGCGUGUCCUACAAGUGAAUCAACGUUUUGCAAAGUGUUCCAUAAUCUGCAUCGGAGACCACAUACUUGAACGUACGUAUAGAGGAAUUGUACGAAAGGAAGAUGUUCGUGCCACCGAAAAGGAUCGUGUCGAAAUGUAUAAAUCAUUUCGUGCGGGCGAUGUCAUACUAGCACGAGUGCUUCCUCAAACAGAGUUAUCCUGUUAUCAACUAAGUACUGCGGAAAAUGAAUUAGGCGUAGUGGUUGCGACUUCUAGUGAAAGUGGUGCGAGUGGACCACCAAUGGUGCCUGUUAGUUGGACGGAAAUGCAAUGUCCCGACACAUUGGUAAAGGAGCCUCGGAAAGUUGCGAAAAUAGUUGCAGAAAGUUCCUUAAAAACAGAGCUGCCACAAGAGAAGUAGUAGUAGUGCCCAAAUUUUACUGGCAUUAAAAAUGGUAAAUUAGAUUUUUAUUGAGUAGAUGAAGAAACCGAUUCGCAUUCUUCAUCCGCUUAGUUCACCUUUUAUACAAUUUUUGUUUAAGAAAAAUUAAACCUAAUAAACACUUGAACAACUUA